GCCCAGAUUCCCCUCCGAACAGCGCCUAUGCUUUUUAUUUCUCUCUCUCUCUCUCUCCUGUUUGUUGCUGCUGCUGUUCUCUCUCUUCUCUCUCCAAGAAGAUACGCCCACCCCGCCCUCAAAGAAAUUGAGACACUGGCCCCUUUAAGAUUGACCUGAGAUUUCCACACAAAGAGAGAGUGUGCAAGAGGAGAGAGCCUAGCAAGGAAGAAGAGCGACGACAAGCAUUUGUUGCAGCAAGAAGAGCUCUCAUCUCUCCCGGCCCUCUUUCUUCCAUCUCUCUAGCGGUGAUGAACAGUGGAGAAUUCCAGACCUCCCUGGUCCAGCAGAUGAUCUGGAGCGGUACAGGCAGUGGCGGCAAUACCACCACCACUACCAGCAAUAUCAUGAGCAGCUUGAAGCCCUCUCAUGAGGAUCAAGAGGCGUCCCCCAACCUGCCCUCCUUGUCUUCUCCAUCGGUUCUCUUCUCCCAGCAGUUCCCUCACACCUCGUCGGGACAGCUAGUUCAUAUGAACGGCGCAGCAACUGGUUCUCUUCCAAGUCUCCACGACGGCGGCGGCUGCGGCGGCGGCCAGGACAGCCACAUGCCGGAAUCAUGGAGCCAGAUGCUUCUAGGGGGGUUAGUUGGGGAUCAUGAGCGAUACAGCGCCACCGCAGCUCUCCUGUCAAAGGGGCUAGAGAGUUGGGGGGAUCAGGCUGCAGCAGGUGCGGGUGUAAGCAUGGCUGCUUUGAAGGAGGAGGGCUCCGGCAUGCCUCAUGCUGGCUACAACUUCUAUGGGAGCCACCUUGCUGGUGGCGACCAUGAGAUGCCGGCGGCAGGAGGGGCCAAGUCCCAGCUGAGCCAGAUGCUCCUGGCCUCCUCUCCUAGGUCGUGCAUCACCACAAGCCUCGGCAGCAACAUGCUCGACUUCUCAAACAGCGCGCCGGCGCCGGAGCUGAGGAGCCACCAUCACCAUUCUGAUAACUCAUCCGAGUGCAACAGUACCGCAACAGGUUCAGCCAUCAAGAAGCCUAGGGUUCAGGCCUCUUCUUCAGCACAAUCUACUCUAAAGGUGAGGAAGGAGAGGCUGGGGGAUAGAAUAACUGCACUUCACCAGAUCGUUUCCCCGUUUGGCAAGACUGACACUGCGUCUGUACUGCAAGAGACCAUUGGCUAUAUCAGAUUCCUCCUGAGUCAAAUUGAGGCUCUCAGCUACCCCUACAUGGGCCACGGCAAUGGGACCUCCAUGCAAAAUGGACCAAUGGGAGAAAGGAACCCCGGGCUCUUCCCAGAAUACCCCGGCCAGUUGCUAAACCAUAAUAAUAGCAACACUGGAGCACAGCAGCCUGCAGUCCAGCAGCCUGAUGAGCAGCAGCAGGGUGUGAAUGACGAGGCCAAGAAGGACUUGAGGAGCCGGGGGCUGUGCCUCGUCCCGGUGUCGUGCACAUCGCACUUUGGAGGGGACAACGCCGCCGACUACUGGGCCCCGGCGCCGCUCGGCGGCAUCCUCCGCUAGAUCAGCAUUCGCCGCCAUUGACGACACAUUCAUGGCCUAGAUCGAUCAAUAUACUAUGGCGAGCUGUUCUUGCAAGUAUGUGUGUUGAUGAGGCUACAGGUAGAGCUCUCUAAGAAACACAAGUUAGCAAAGGGUGCAUGCAUGGUUGCUGGGAAACAUAACAUCAUGAGCAGUCAUUCUGGUAAGGGAGGAGAAAAGCUACCUGUAAGGCUGAUUGCUCUUGAUGCUAUGCGAGUAGUAUAACCUUUUGGGGGGCGAAAGCUUCAUCAUCUGUAUCGAUCUGCAAGGGGGGCUUCAAGAAGAAGAUCUAGUUCUUCUCUGGUCCCUCGAUCUCAAAUUUGUUUCGUUGAUCAUCAUCAUGUAUAUGUAAAAUCUAGCAAGUUAGUGAACUUUACUCAUACUGUGCAUGCUAGCUCGCUAGCUAGCUCGUACGAGUUGGCCAGGAGAGCGAGUACGUUCAGGGGUGCCCUUCUUUUCUUGAUUUAAUUAUGCGCGGCUGGGGUGUACCUAGGAAAGUUCAUACUACUGAAUCAUAUGUACAUGACAAGUAAAUUUCUGUCAGUUUGUAACUGAGUUCAGUCAGCAA